AUGGCCCAGACCGCCGUACACCGCAAAGCGCCAUGCACAGUGACUGAAGACUGGUAGAUACAUCGCGAGAUCGCGGGUCCACGACCAUGGGGCUGAAGUCCGUGAUAUUCGGGGAAAGAACUAUAAGCAGUGACGAUUCGAUCGUAGGCGAUACGAACGCCACGAUGGCUUUGGAGCGACGCCUGGAGAUGAGCACCGAAUUUUUCCUGGUGCCGACCAGCAGCACCCCCGGCACCACCACCGUGAGUUACAUAUCGAAGACGGCUUGUGCGGGUUGCCCGAUGGAGACGGACAAAUUGGCGGGCAUUUUCCGGAACGAGGUUUGGGUCAUACCGGUGUUAGCGUUAUCGGCUAUCACGAUGGUUUUGAUACUGGGUUUCGAGGUGUUUGUGUUGUGCAAAGCGUGGAGGACGACCCCUAGUCGUAGACAUUUAUUUCUCGGGCAGAUGCUGUUGCUCGGGUUGUUUUCAUGCGCUGGAUUGUCCGCUAUAUUCGCCGCUUCGCCUACCCAAUUAACCUGCGCUAUUGUACGAUUCGGUACGGGGGUAGCAUAUACUAUAGUAUUCGCUUCGUUAUUAGUAAAGUGCGUUUUUUUAAUUAGUUUAAACGGUGGAGUUUAUCUCCCGGCGCCCUAUCAAGGACUUCUAUUACUAUUCGCUAUUUUAAUUCAAGUAGCUAUAGGGGUACAAUGGCUAGUGACGAAUCCGCCCUACGUGGACGACGUACCGGUAGAAAUGAUAGUAAAUCCAAACAAACAUAAACUUUUACUGACCGUCGAAGACAUCACUAACCCUGUUAUUAUACCGUUAUGUCGCACUCCUUACAUCGAUAUGCUCCUAUCUUUAAUUUACGUCGUCUUUCUGAUAUUAUUCGUAACAGUUCUAGCAGUUAAAUCGAGAGGAAUAAGAGACAAUUACCGCGAAGCGACUUACAUCGGUUUGUCGGUGGGAUGCAGCAUUCCCACGUGGUUGAUCUGGACCAUGAGCGGUCUCGUUGUUAACGAAAGGCAUAAGGACGCCUGCAUAGCCUUCGGGCUCGUGCUGUCUUCUGCUCUGAUAUUUUUAAUAAUGUUCAUGCCGAAGGGAAGGCAAUUGGCCGCCAUGGGCAAGGAAGGCGUUUACGUGGAGGAUCGCGAGGAACGCUUCAGCACGCUCAGCCGGGCGGCUUCGGGAUAUUCGCCCAGCUUCUUUCAUUUCAAGCCCAUCAAGUAUGGAUUGGGACACGGCUCCUCGCACAAACAUCAAAAUACCAUUACUACUUUAGGAGGAGAUCUGGCGAUGUAUCCUCCUGCUCCGCCUAGCUAUACUCGUCUCUAUCAGUACCACUGCUAUCCGCCGGGGUACUACUCCACACGGUACCUACCAGGUGGCAUAUUUUUACGGCCCGACGACGGAAACGUAUACACAACGUUAAGUACCAACCCGAACGUGUACUUUCAAAGAGGAAACGGAAUGCAUCCUGAAAUGAUGUACUGAAUAACUUUUAGGAAGGACAAUCGCAAUCAUUAUCUAUGCAUACCAUUAAAUUAUUAACAGUUAGAAAGGAAUUAAAGAAGCGAAUGUACUGCGUAAUUAAAACCAUCAAUUUUUUACACUGCAAUUUGUGUUUGCUGUUUAAGUUUAUUUAAAUGGAGUAGCUUAACUUUCGAUUUUAUGCAAAAUAUUGGCUCAUUGUUUGACUGGACAGCUGCGAGAGUACACAAUAAAUAGACCUUGAAAAUAAAUUGUUCAACUUCAUUUGAUUCGUGAUGUGGAUCAUUUACCUCAAUCAACGAGAAAUUUUUGUUUUCACUGAAACCAACUUCGUAAUUGCGUUAAUUAGAGCAUUUUUUUUGUAUUAAAAUCAAUCGAUACUCAGAGAAACUGUGGAAGCUCUAUAAGCCGUAAUAUUACGUAGAUUUGUGAUUUUUUU